GUGUCGCGGACAAAAAUCUUACAAGUUUCCUAGACUUUUCUUUUUUGAACGCUCGCGUAGAACGCUUUGUUUACAGAUAGAACUACGACAGGGUAACGUGGCUAAGGGACACGUAGUUGCGGGCCUAGAUACCAUAGAUUUAUAAAUUUAUCAAGACAACGAUAAGAUUAAUGAAAAACAAAUAUAAGAUAUUUUGUGAUAUGUGCAAUCUCCAGUGGUUAAAGGAACACAGGACUGAACAGAACUAGACCUGAUUAAGACUGUCAUUACCAAAGGGAUGUUUACUACAUUGUUAUUACUCAGUGUUAUUGCAUAUUUGGCACUUCAUGUUUACGCACGAUAUGGCCGACAUGGGCGACUCUUCUAUAAUAUACCAGGCCCAUCAGGUUAUCCAAUUAUUGGUCAUAUACACCUAUUUGCAUUUUCUUCAUCAGAGAAACUCUGGAAGAUUUACGUGGAUUUAACUGAUCAGUAUUCUAUUUUUAAAUUAUGGGCAUUCUCUACGUCUCUUGUAUCCAUCCGUCAUCCCGAUGAUCUGGAGGUAAUACUAAGGAGCACAAACUACAUCGAGAAAAGUAGAAUAUAUGACGCAUUACAACCUUGGUUACAGACGGGUCUUCUCACUAGUGGAGGGGCUAAGUGGCAUACACGGAGAAAAAUAUUAACUCCCACGUUCCAUUUUAACAUAUUGCAAAAAUUUGUUGAGAUUUUAAUCGAGGAAAGUGAGAGCAUGACAAAGUCUUUGAAAAAAGAAGGGGGCACAGUUGUGAAAGACUUAAUACCAUUCCUUAGUGAACAUACGCUUAAUGCAAUAUGCGAAACUGCCAUGGGUAUCUCUUUAAAAGGAGUGGGAUCAUUUCAGCAACACUAUCGAAACGCAGUUUAUCAGAUGGGCCAAAUUAUAGUUUAUAGAGUAAUGAGGCCGUGGUUGCAGAACAAUUGGAUAUUCCUGUUAAUGCCAACAGGUAGAAAGCAACCAAAGAUCUUGAAUAUAUUGUACAAAUUUACCGAAAAAAUUAUUGCAGAAAGAAGAAAUUAUCAUAAACUCACCAAUGGGCAGUACUUGAAAAACAUUAACAAUGAUGUAGAAGAAGAUGAUGCCGAAAUUAAAGGAACUCGAAAAAAGCGGCUUGCAAUGUUGGAUCUUUUAAUACUGGCGUCUGAAGAGGGUCUUCUAACUGAUUCAGAUAUUAAAGAAGAAGUUGAUACAUUUGUAUUUGAGGGUCAUGAUACUACAGCGAUGGCUUUAUGUUUUGCUUUAUCAUUAUUGGCUGAACACAAGGACAUUCAGGAUCGUGUCAGAAGAGAAAUCAAUACUGUUAUGCAAGAGAAUCAGGGAAAACUUACUAUGAAAUCGCUGCAAGAUCUACCAUAUUUAGAGAGAUGCAUAAAAGAAGCGUUGCGUUUAUACCCUAGUGUUUACUUCAUUUCACGAGUUACGAAUGAAGAAGUACAAUUAAAAUCAUAUUUGAUACCUGCUGGAACAGUGGUGCAACUUAAUAUUUAUGGCGUUCAUAGAGAUCCUAAUUUUUGGCCAAAUCCUGAAGUAUUUGAUCCGGAUAGAUUUUUACCUGAAAACAUUAGAAAUCGUCAUCCUUACUCGUACAUACCAUUUAGUGCUGGACCACGUAAUUGUAUCGGCCAACGAUUUGCUAUGCUGGAGAUGAAGGCAAUGAUGUCCCAUCUAAUACACAAUUUCUAUCUGGAACCUGUUGAUUAUUUAAAAGACCUUGUUAUAAAAGGUGAUUUGGUAAUGCGAUCUUCUAAUCCGAUGCGUGUAAAAUUUAUUCCAGUCGCCUCAAAAUAGACAUUUGAAGAGAAUUUGAAUGUUAAGAACUUAAUGUCGAAUACGUUGCAAAAAUAAGAAAAUUAUUAUAUGUGGACAGUA